AUGGAGGGAGCACCAGUCUGCAAAGCGUGUGAAGCUCCUGCUGGGCAUGAAAUGGUUGCUAGCGUCCCACUUCGAGGUGACAUCGAAGACCUUGCCCUGGUUGGGUUUGGCCCUCAGGUCGCUGGUGUAUUUGUUUUGGACAGCGUCCUUCAGGAACCUCUCCAGGAAGGUCCUCAUGCGGGGCGUCACGGUGAUGCGGUCGGCGUGCGGGGCUGGUUGCAGGAAGACUCCCAGCUCCCGGCGCUCCUCGGUCCAGGUCCAGGCACAGCCAAUGUGUUUCCUGAGGCAGUGCAUGGCAUUGCAGUCUUGGCUCCACAGCGAGUGUGCAGCCACCUCCUUUAUGAAACCCGCCCAAGGGGAAAAGACCUACCAGCUCCACCGAACUGUGCGCAGCAGAGCCGCGCGCGACACCCCUGUCUCACAGUUUUGGAGGAGAGGCCCUGUGGACAUAGAUCAGACCCAUCUGGCCUUCUACUUUUGCGCACUGUACCCACAAACAGCAGAAGCAAGUCUGUGGAUGGAUUUCUAAAAACCGAUGAAAGACAAAGAUUAGCAAAGGAAAGAAGGGAAGAAAGAGAAAAAUACCUUGCUGCCAGGGAGCAGCAGAUCCUGGAGAAAGAGAGAAGAGCAAAACUUCAGUAUGAAAAGCAAAUAGAAGAAAGAUGGAGAAAACUUGAAGAACAAAGGCAAAGAGAAGAGCAGAAAAGGGCAGCAGUUGAAGAAAAACGGAGACAGAAGCUUAAAGAGGAAGAGGAACGUUUAGAAGCUAUGAUGCGUCGUUCUCUUGAACGUAGUCAGCAGCUGGAACAGAAACAGAAGCGAUGGUCGUGGGGAGGAGCACUGGCUGCAGGCUCAGGGAGAGAUGGUGAAUCAGAAAAUACCCCACCCCCUCUAGGUUUAGUUGCCAACACCCUUCCUCCAGACCCUGUGACCUCUACUGCUGCUGCUGAUUCCUACAAUGCAUGUGACAAACUUUCAGCUUCUACAAUGAAUCUGCCAAAGCAAAUGGAGUCACCAAUCAGUAAGCGACUCUCCUCCUCCACAGCGGCAAUAACACAUUCCCCUGACAGAGCUCACCGCAUGCACCUUAGUCCAAUGGAAAAUUUUAUUGUUUCUCGACUCUUGACUCCUACACACUCUUCUUUAGCCAGAAGCAGAAGCACACUAAUGCUCUCUGAGCAGUACAGUGACUCAGUAUUCCAUAUCUGUCCUCGUGUAGCACCAGCUAGUCCUAUAAAAUCUCCCUACAAGCCUUCCCCCACCCGAAGCACAGAAAAAAAGAAGGCGACAUCAGCUUCUGCUUCUGAUGCCUCAAGAGGGGCAGCGGCAGCUGAAGUUACGCAGGCUGAAAAGAUAAAGAAGGAGAAGCGACCCACAACGCCUGUUUCAUCAUCUGGCUUGGGUUCCCCUCUGAGAAGAUCAGAUUCUCCUGCAGGCAUGUCCAAAAGAUCUGCAUCACCUGCAACACCCAAGGCAGUUGCAAAAAAUUAUCCACAAUCUCCUAAAACUGCUAAACAAUAUCCAGCUUCUCCUGUGAAGCACCGUGCCACCUCUAAUCUUAGCCAGGAGACUCCUAAAAAGAAAGCAGAAAAGGAGAAAGAGAACACUGCUUACCACAAAGCCCAGGGAUCUCGUGCUGAAGAAGUGGGCCACACAGCUGCUGAGAAACAUGUGCCUUCUACAGGAAAGACUGAAAGCAGUGAAGGAAAGCUCAUGGCAGGGACUACAGAUGCAGAAGAAGCUUCAAAAAUUUUGGCUGAGAAAAGGCGUCAGGCUCGCCUGCAGAAAGAACAAGAAGAAAAAGAGAAACAAGAAAGAGAAGAGCGUGAAAGGCUCGAGAGAGAGGAGCAGCAAAGAAAGGCAGAAGAGGAAAGAAUUCGUCUAGAGGAAGAAGCUCGUAAGAAGGAAGAGGAAAGAAAACGUGAAGAGGAAGAGACCAGGAGAAAGGCAGAAGAGGAAGCUAGGAAGAAAGCUGAGGAGGAAUCCAUGCUGAAGGAAAAGCAGGAAAAAGAGAUGCAAGCUAAGCUUGAGAAACAGAGAGAAGAAGCAGAAGCCAAAGCUCGAGAGGCAGCUGAACACCUACGUUUGGAAAGGGAACAAAUCAUGCAGCAGAUUGAGCAAGAAAGACUGGAGAGAAAGAAGAGAAUUGAUGAAAUAAUGAAAAGAACAAGAAAGAGUGACACACCAGAAGCAAAGAAAGAAGAGCCAAAACUGGAGACACCAUCAAUGCUGAAUGUGGAAAAGCAACUGAAAACCCUUGUUCUCAGUCAAACAGAUUCUUUUGUAGAGAUCAAUGGACUGAAAACCUGCCAGGAAAGUAAAAGCUUAGAAGGUGCUGCUACCGAAACACUUCCUCAAGAUGUAUUUGCUAAUGGACUUAAGUCAGUCCCAGGGCUUAUUCACCUGGAUGCCAUUGAUGGGAAAUCUAACAGCAUGGAUGAUUCAACAGAUGAGGUUCAGUCUAUGGAUGUGAGUCCAGUUUCAAAAGAAGAACUUAUAUCUAUCCCAGAAUAUUCCCCCAUGAAUGAACUGAUGCCCAGUGUUUCUAUGGACCAGAAUGGAACAAGUAAUGCCAAGGCUCUUGAAGAUCUCUUGGAUUUCACUGGCCAGGCCACUUACUCCAAGAUGUCCAGUGAAACUAUUAGCAUAGAUGAUUGUAACAAGAACUUGAUUGAUGGAUUUAACAGUCCAGGACAGGAAAGCACCCUUAACUCCAUCUGUUGACAGCCUUGCUACCCUGUGGAACAGAGAAAGACAGAGGUAGUAAUUUGUGGAGAACAUACAUCCCUGUGAUGCUGCUGGCAGUUAAAUAUGAGCUUGUCAUAUGAAAAAGCUUCUGCAGUCCUUGAACACUGGAUUCCAAAUAAUCAGAGCUGAAUAUAACUGUCUUCCCACGUGGUAUGUUGGAUAACUGGCCACUCUUGGUAGAAACCAGGAAUCCAUAAAAUGGUUUCAGGGAAGAUUCAUUGUGCUUUAGAAUUUGAGCUUUAGCUGCUAAUAAAGCACUUUUUUUUUUAAGUUAAAAUU